GCCAUAUUAAUCUCGCCAAGUCUCACGAGAAGUCAUUCUAUUUGACAUUGUAUAGACCACUCGGUAACUUUUUCAAUUUUUAUCAAUUAUAUUUAUGAUAUUAACUUAGGCUAUUUCAAGUAAAGUAUCAAACAUAAUUUAUUUUAUGUAAUUGUUAAAUUUUUAUUAAUCAUAAGUUCGUAUUUUUUUCGUUUUAACAAACGUCGUCUGCAAGAUCACUCAAUGUCAUGUUUUAAAGCGUAAAUAGCUAAGAAAACAAUCUUAAGUAUUUAAUUUCUAUUGAACAGAUAUGUCCGCUGCAAGACCCCAAUUAAGAGGAUUAUUAAAAUCCCAAUUGAAACGUGAUUUCUCCAUCGCCGCCGUUUUGUCUGUCGGAGCCGCCGUAAUGUGGCAAGCUGUCGUUGUUCUACCAAGAAAAAGACGCUACGAAGCUUUCUUGACAAAUUUGGAUGCCGACAAAGAAUUUAUCAGAAUGAGGGAAGCUGGUGUCUUCCAGUCAGUCAAACCAGGCGGUGAAAUCAAUGAUGAAGCUUGGUAA